CAGUUGACUCCAGCACCCGCUCAGCAGAAGACGGACAGCAAGGGUCAAGCAACGUUUGGUCAACCUACUGUGAGCGCAACCAAGUAGGUGGAAUAUGAACAUAAGUCUUCUUGUGCCCGUGUUCCUGCCUCUUACUUGAUAGCUCUUACCUCAGCCCUUAAUGAACGUUAGAGUCAAAGAGAAGCUCUCUUUACUUUGUACACCAUUUCUUAGUUCUGCUACUCGGCAGUUUUAAUUCCUUCCUAACGGCGCCUCUAUUAGUGGGACCCCUAGAGUUGGUCCCUGCCUUUCCUUAGUCAUUUUAUUUGACUUCCUAUAAGAUAGAGAACUUCCUAAAACAGACACCUAGAGUUGGUCCCUGCCAUUCUUUAUUCAUUUUUUUUUUACCCUCUUUAAAACGCACACCUCCCUAAAACGAACAACAAGCGUCGGUUUCUGCCAUUCUUUAGUCGUUUUCUUUGACUCUCUAUAAGAUGGACACCUCCCUAAAAUUCUUAAAGUUUGUCCCCGUCGUUCUUCAUUCAUUUUCUUUGAUUCGGUAGAAGACGGACACCUCCCUAAAACGGACACCUAGAGUUGGUCCCUGCAAUUCUUUAGUCGUUUUCUUUGAAUCUGUUUAAGACGGACACGUCCUUAAAAUGGACACCUAGGGUCGGUUGCUACCAUUCUUCGUUCAUUUCCUUUGACUCUAUAAGACGAACACCUCCCUAAAAAGGACACUAAAUGCCGGCAUACACUUUGUGCCGAUCAAAAAGAUAUCCAUCGACUUUAAGAGCCCCAACUUUGGCAUUUCUUAGGAAAAAACCUCUUCCUCGGUCAUAAUUUAAGUCUGUAAAAUAUCUCGCGGAAACGUGUGUUUGAAAAUCAGGGGAAUGUAUGGAAUAAGAAUCAAAGCCCUGCUUGGAAGAACUGCAUUGGAUGCGCCUACGAUAAGCGUGAGGUGAGUUCUGUGAAGCAGGUUAACACACAUUUCACAAUCACGCACGGAUUUGGUCGAGAGCUCUGAUUUGUGAGAGUUUAGACCUCCGAAAUGGCGUCAAAAUGUUUAAAACUUUAGUGGAACUGCGAGUUGCACUCCAGUUGUUUCAUUGCAGCGUAUCAAAGAUGUUCACGUUAUCUCUGUGGUCUGUAAGAGUAAAGUCAAUGGAAAAUUGUUGUUUAUUCGCCAAAAUAUUCAAUAUUUUGUAUCAAUAGAGAUGUUGAACGUGGCAUUUAAAGCAAAAGGAAACGGUAGAGAUCAAAUCGGCUAUUGAAUUCGCUUUUGCCAUUUUCGGUGAAUAUGUUGCAUACGUUAGCGCUAGCGUUGGAAGAAGUCGGACGCGUCAAAGCUACUUGCGAUCGCUUUUCUCAAGUUGGUGCUUUUGAUACUGUAAUUUCCUGUGGUACCUACCCGCUUUGACUAGCUGUAGCUAUUUGCGGGUAGUUACAUCUGCACUGUCAUAUUCUAAUGAUAAAGUUGUUGUUGUUGUUAUAUGUUUUGCAUUUCAGAGUGGAGCCUGACCCAUCAAAGGCUGUAAAUCUUAACGUCACGUUUGAUUCUAAUGCGCCGUGUGUCGUUGGAGAGUUGUUACCAAGUAAGUCAGACCAUUAGAUUGACAGUAGUCUGGUAGGACUAUUGCGCAGGCAAGUGUAUCCCAAGCAAGCAAACGGGUUUCCAGUUUUGCUGUCAAAACUUGCGCUUUCCAUGGGCUGGAUUUCCGCCGCUAUCUCGGGUCCGGUCGAGGUCGCAAGCUCAUUACGGAUCGAAGCUUAAGCAACGACGACGGCGACGUCGACGAGAACGGCAUAAAACAAUAACGUUUAGAUUGGUAAAACAACAACCUUGCCCGUGCGUCAGUCCUUUAGAAUUCAACUCCUGAAAAAUUAGCCAUCAUUUGACAAAUUAAAAGAGUUGGGUUAAGAGCAAUGAAGUUUGAAACAGCGCGAAUUCACUUUUUGGGUGACGUUUUCUCCAACGUUGCCGUCGUCGUUGCUUAAGCUCCCUAGUUACCGAACAGCGACUGAUCAUCGAGUCUAGACUACGAGUAGUCCCCAUUUUUCCUCAGGGAUAGUAGAGAGAGCGAAACGCGAGCGCGCGUGAAAAUCACCCCACGCGAGAGAGGCGAGACGGGGCUAUUGACGGGUUAAGACUGCAUUGUAGGUCAAAUACUUUGUCUAGUGACUCUGCAUUUUAACCAUUUAAUCCCCAGUAGUGACCAAGAUCCAUUUUGUCCUAACAAUAUCAACACAUAAUCAAGAGAAACGGUUAUGAGAAUUUAUAUAAUGAUGAACUAAGGGAAAAUGCUUUGAUUUUUUCUCCACUUUCAGCAGCAUCUGACUGAUGUUAGCUAUAGGGAAUUCUCAUCCAAAACGGAAAGUGAUUUGCAAGGACUUGUUCGAUUAGCACCCUCUGGGAUUUCAGACCUACAGGGUGGCAAUUCUCCCAACUAAGUCUUAAGGGAAAUGUAUGGAGAUCAGUCUGGAGAAUUUGUGGGUGGAUAUCGAGGUUUAAUACAAUUGGCUAUGUCUUUCUAAGCAUUGCGCUCAGCAUUGUGACCAAAUUCCAGGUGUUUGGAGAUCUAUAGGAUUUUACUUUAACCUGAAUCUGAGUUCUACCAUACAAAUUCAACUUUAAAGCAGUUUGGCCACGUAAGGACAUUGAUAUAUUGAACACUUUUACCUGAAAAUUUGAUUGACUCAUUCCUUGGGUGGGUGUUAGCAUAACAGGUUCAGGUUGGGGGAUGUUUUGUCCCCCAAACAAACCUACUGUCCUGCGUUUCAGCUGUUUCAGCCCAUGUCGUCGGAGAGGACGAGGCUGUAAUGAAAGCAGCAAGUGCUAAGGACAUAGUGUUGAAGAUAUGGCACUCUAAGGAUGGCCCAGUAUCAGACAAGCCGCCAGCCAGGGUAUGUUAUACUAGCCUGUUUUCUUUCACAUCACAUAGUAACUGGGUUUCACAAUACAUACACUGUAAGUGUCAAUAUUCUUAG